AUGGAGGACGACAAAUCCGAGAACAAGAAGCUGCUUAUACUUUACGCGUCUGAAACAGGAAAUGCGAUGGACGCCGCUGAAAGAUUGGGCCGCGAAGCUGAGCGCCGCCGCUGCCCCGUCACCGUCCUCUCAAUCGAUGAAUAUGAUCCUGAAAACUUACCUUUGGGAGAGACGGUGAUUUUCGUUGUUUCAACUACAGGGCAAGGGGAUGUUCCGGGUGCCAUGAAGGGAUUUUGGAGGUUUUUAUUACAAAGGAAUUUAAGUAAGCAGUGGCUCGAAGGAGUUGAUUAUGCUGUAUUUGGAUUGGGGGAUUCUAGCUACCAGAAAUACAAUUUUGUUGCAAAGAAGCUUGACAAAAGACUUCUGGAUCUUGGUGCAAGAGCCCUGGUUGAAAGAGGCCUUGGCGAUGAUCAGCAUCCAUCAGGGUAUGAAGGGGCUCUAGAUCCUUGGAUGUCCAACUUGUGGAAUGCAUUGUACCAAAAGGCUCCUAUAUUAUUCCCCAAUGGUCCAAAUCUUGUGGUGUCAGAUCACCAUUGGGUGGACCAACCAAAAAUUGAAAUAACAUACCAUGAUGUUGGCAACAAAAAUUCUAGGUCUUCGUACUCUACUGACUUCGAGUAUCUUGAGGAGCAAAUUGAAAGAGCUCGCUUGAUGUCACCUGGAAAAUUUUCUAGUAAUAUGAAACCUGAUUGCUCUCUUAAAAUGAUAAAAAAUUGCUCAUUAACUACAGCAGAAUGUGGUAAAGAUGUUCGGCACCUUGAGUUUGAAGCAGUUUCAUCCUGCAUUGAGUAUGAAGUUGGUGAUUAUGUUGAGUUGCUCCCUGGUCAAGAUCCUGAUGCUGUGGAUACUUUUAUAAAGCGCUGUAAUUUGAACCCGGAAACAUACAUUUCGGUUCUGCCCAGAGCGAAAGAGACUGAUUUUGGGGAUACCAAUCAUUCGCUGAUCGCCCCUAUGAAACUAAAAACAUUUGUGGAAUUAACAAUGGAUGUUGCUUCAGCUUCACCCAGACGGUAUUUCUUUGAGAUCAUGAGUAAUUUUGCUAGUGCUGAACAUGAGAAGGAAAGACUUCUGUAUUUUGCCUCACCUGAAGGAAGAGAUGACCUAUAUCAAUAUAACCAGAAAGAGAGAAGAACUGUCUUGGAGGUCUUAGAAGAUUUCCCUUCUGUUCAAAUGCCAUUUGAAUGGUUGGUACAGCUAGUUCCUCCUCUAAAGCCAAGAGCAUUUUCCAUCUCUUCUUCUAGUUUAGUUCACCCGAACCAAGUGCACUUAACAGUGAGUGUUGUGUCUUGGACUACACCUUAUAAGAGAAAACGAAAUGGUCUUUGUUCGACAUGGCUAGCUGGACUUUAUCCUCAGCAAGGAAUCGUAAUUCCGGCAUGGUUUCAUAAAGGGUCACUUCCUUCCCCCGCUCCUGCUCUUCCUGUUAUCCUUAUUGGACCUGGAACUGGUUGUGCCCCAUUUCGUGGAUUUGUCGAGGAAAGAGCCCUUCAAAGAAAAUCUGGUCCAACUGCUCCUGUACUUUUCUUCUUUGGUUGUAGAACCAAGGAUGACUUCUUGUAUCGAGACUUUUGGUUGUCGCAUAGAGCAAAUGGGGGCGUACUAUCUGAAGAAAAUGGUGGAGGAUUUUAUGUUGCUUUUUCAAGAGAGCAGCCGAAGAAGGUAUACGUGCAACAUAAAAUGCGUGAACAGAGCAUGAGAAUCUGGAACCUGCUCAGUCAGGGAGCCGCUGUCUACGUUGCAGGUUCUGCUGAUAAAAUGCCUUCAGAUGUAAUGUCAGCACUGGAAGAAAUAAUUUCCAUGGAAAGUGGAGCUACAAAGGAGGCUGCAGGGAAGUGGAUUCGUGCAUUGGAGAAGGCUGGCAAGUACCAUGUUGAAAGCUGGUCUUGA